AUGUCCUCAUUCAAAAUUAGUAAGGUAGUUCCUCAGGAUUCAGAAUUACACACUCCAAAUCAUCCAGAGGCCCAACAGCAUCAAGAUGAUGAAGAGAGUUAUCAAGAAUCGGAAGGAGAUAUUUCUAAAAAGAUUAGAUUUUGUGGUUCCAUCAAAUUUUGGCUCAUCCUUAUUAUUUCCCUGAUAGUAACCAUUACAGUUCUGUUACUGGUGGCUAUUUCAUUGAGUAGUUUUGUUCCGUCCAUUGUAGAGAUGAGUCAGAAUCUAAGAACAUCCGAAUUUAAGGAAAUUAUAACAUUUACAGAACAAACAUUUCGAGAAGUAUCCAUAGCAUCCGAUAGUAUAACGUAUCAAUUGGUAAAAACAUUGGAUUUUAAUAAUUAUGAUGAGGCAGAAUUGCUCACUUUUCAGGGGUUCAAGACAGAGUGGAAAUACCAUCAGGGGUUGAUUGUUACGAGUUAUAUUGGUGAUAAUUUGGGAAGAUGUUUUGGUGUUAUAAAUUGGGGAGGACAACCAACAUUACUGAACAUUACAACAGCGAACCAACAGCUGUAUACUUGCCAUAAUUUUGAUCAAUUGGAUUAUUGUAAUAGAUCUUCCACUCCAGAUGAAGUUUUGGGCUUUUUUGAUUUGUCAAACUUGGUAGAAGCUUGUGAUUCAUCCCCAGGUGCUCAGAUUUAUACAAAGAGCUAUAUUGAUGCCACUAUGCCUCAAUUUACUUUCAUUUCAUUGCUUAAUUGCUUGAAACCUAGUGGUCCUGUAAAUGGUGGACACCAAUUUGAACACUAUUUUGGUUUUGACUUGUCUGUUGAAACAGUGUCCAAAUUCUUAUCUAAGAAAACCAAGGAAGUGAGCGGUUCUAAGAGUUUUAUUGUAGAAAUAGACACUUCCUUUUUAGUUGCCAUUGAUGACCCAGCAGUGAGUUUAGCUGACAUUGAAGGAAGUAAUAUCAAAAGAGUUGAAUACCUCCAAUUAACAAAUCCUAGAUUCAGCCCAAUCACCACCGAAAUGGUGGCCAGAGGAAUGACCAAUCUCAAGACUGUUAUUCCAAAAUGUAACUCUAGAGCUUUAUUCGAUUUUAAUGAUGAUUACGUGUCAAUGUAUCGUCUUUGUACAGAAUCCAAGUUGGAUUGGAUGAUUAUAUUUGCUGUUCCAAAGUGGAAUUAUAUCAGAUCGAUUAUCAUUUCAUUCAUCGCCUCUGUUGGUGGUGCAAUUAUCAUUAUGGGUAUUGGUUUGAUAGUCUCUGUUCUUGUCUCUAUAAAAAUUGUCAAACCAUUCUACAAUUUAAUUGAACUCUUUGAAAGUGUUGCCCACAUGGACUUGGAUGAUUUGAAUAUUUUAAGCAGUAGCUUUACCGAGGUGAAACACUUGCAAGGUCAAUUCACACAAAUGGUUGGACGUAUAAAACUUUACAGAGCUUUCAUUCCAGCCCACUUACUUUCACAAUUAGAGCACAGAAAUGAGAACGCUUUGGAGCCAGGUGAUAAGCAAAAGUCUGUUUCCACAAUAAGACCUGACAAGAGCAAUAGAGGAUUUGGAGAAAAACAACAGAGCAGCCACUUUUCAUUCAGUAAGAGUGAUCAUUCGAGCUCCUAUCAUUCCCAUUCACAUAACACAAGUAGCAUGAAAAAUACCUCCUCUAGAAGAAAGAAAUACUCUCAAAAUGUUGAUAUGUUCUCAUUGCACUUGGUCAAGAAGAAGAUUACCAUUUUGUGUUGUCACUUGGAGGGAUUAUCAGAAUUAUUGAAAAUGUCAGACACAACCAUUGGAUCGGAUAUUAUUGUAAGGAUGUUGUCUGAUGUCUUUGACCACGUGAAUGCUUUGUGUAGAACAUCUGGAGGACAUGUUGGUGCCUUUGAAAACGAUUGCAUUACCAUUUCUUACAAUGCCAGCUCCAACCAAGAUAAACACCAAGAAAAGGCAGCUCAGGGUUGUCUAUUCCUUAUAGAAAAGUUGAAUACAACCAAACAAGGCAAAUGGCCAAGCGUAUUAGGAUCUUCCCAUCAAACUAAGGAAAUUAUGAGUCUUUUGAACUUUAGAUUCGCAAUCCUUUACAAUGAAGUUUGUUGUGGUAAUAUUGGAACAAAUGAAAUGAAAAACUUUGCUAUCAUUUCAAGUGCCAGAACCAACUUUGAAAUCAUGUUGGAAACAACCAAGAGGCUUGGUCUCUCGGUAGUUAUUACAGAAAGACUCCAAAAGGCAAUUAAGGGCUCUUUCAAUACCAGAUUGGUGGAUGAAAAGUCACUUCUUCAUGAGGAAGUCUACACUUCACCAAUACUGAGCGAUAUUAACGGAAAUAAUGAGUACGAAGAGAUGAGAAUCUAUGAAUUGGGAGAAAACAUUGCAAAUAAUAUGAUGGAUGAAUGGAUGUAUGAAUUGCAAGAGAAAGAACGAAAGGAAAGAUGGAAUGUGAAUAUGAAUCAGCCAUUGAUAGAUAUCGUCAAUUCCAAAUAA